CCCUCACUCGAUCGGGAUUUCUGAACCACAGGAGAAUCACCGGAAGGGCUUUCGGUGAUAAACCGUCACAUUUUGGGAGAAAGGACAACAAUUUAUGGUCACAUAAACACACGGAGAGCUACUUUAUACAGCUUUAAGGAUGGAAGCUAAACUAUGAGGCGUUGUGCUUUUGCAGAAGACUGAGUGAACCAUGGCACAGUUCCCCACUGCAUUCACAGGACAAGAUGUGUUUCUCAUCACUGCGGAUGAAAGAGCCAAACACGACCAGCAGUUUCACAGCCUCUCCCCGACUGCUGGGGGUUACAUAACAGGUGACCAGGCCAGGAACUUCUUCCUCCAGUCAGGCCUGCCCCCCCCUAUCCUGGCCCAAAUAUGGGCCUUGGCCGAUAUGAACAGCGACGGCCGUAUGGAUAUGCAGGAGUUCUCCAUCGCCAUGAAGCUCAUCAAACUCAAACUGCAGGGCCACCCUCUGCCGCCGGCGCUCCCUCCCAGCAUGAAACAGCCGCCGCUCGCUUUACCCCCACAGCCCAGCUUUGGUAUGCCUCCUAUGGCACCGAUUCCCACCGCCAUCCCAGCCCCCCUCCCAGUCGUACCUCCACUGCCACUGCCCCCCCUCCCUGUUGGGGUGUCUCCGCCUCUCGUCUCCACUUCAGCGCCUCCCCUGCCGCCACCCAUGGCAAACGGAGCACCUCCCACAGCCAUGAUGCCGCCCAUCCCAGGUUUCCCCCACCCAGCUCCGUCUGUGAACAAGGCCGCUUCGUUCAAUCGUUCCAGCACCAAGCUGCAGAAGGUCUCGUCGUUUGACGCUGCAGGUGCUCAGCCUCCCUCUGACUGGGCGGUUCCCCAGUCCUCCAGAUUAAAGUACAGACAGCUUUUUAACUCCCAUGACAAGAUGAUGAGUGGAUACCUCACCGGACCCCAGGCUCGCACUAUUCUGAUGCAGUCUAGUCUUCCUCAGACUCAGCUGGCUACGAUCUGGAGUCUAUCAGACAUCGACCAGGAUGGAAAGCUAACAGCUGAGGAGUUCAUCUUGGCUAUGCACCUUAUCGAUAUGGCGAUGUCAGGGUUACCGCUGCCUCCAGUGUUAUCAGCAGAAUACCUACCACCUACCUUCAGGCGGGUGCGGAGUGACAGUGUUCAGUCAGACCAGAAGAGUGUCCAUGAGGAGGCAGAGGAGGAGAACGAGAGCAACCAGGAGAAAAAGCUACCAGUGACAUUUGAGGAUAAGAAGAGGGAGAACUUUGAGAGAGGAAACCUGGAGUUGGAGAAAAGACGUCAGGCUCUUCAGGAGCAACAGAGGAAAGAACAGGAGAGGCUGGCAGCGCUGGAGAGGGAGGAACAGGAGAGGAAGGAGCGCGAGCGUUUGGAACAAGAAAGAAGACGACAGCAGGAGCUGGAGAAACAGCUGGAGAGGCAGCGAGAGCUGGAGAGGCAAAGAGAAGAAGAAAGACGCAAGGAGAUAGAAAGGAGAGAGGCUGCUAAGAGGGAGCUGGAGCGCCAGCGUCAGCUGGAGUGGGAACGGCAGCGUCGCCAAGAGCUUCUAACUCAAAGGAACCGAGAGCAGGAAAGCAUAGUGCUGCUCAAAGCCAGGAAGAAGACACUGGAGUUUGAGUUGGAGGCACUGAAUGACAAGAAGAACCAGUUGGAAGGUAAAUUGAAGGAUGUUCGGUUUCGUCUUUCAACCCAGCGGAGAGAGAUGGAGCAGACCAAUCAGACGAGAGAAACGCGCAUCGCUGAAAUCACCCAGCUUCAACAGCAGCUUCAGGACUCCCAACAGUGGCUGGGGAGGCUGAUUCCUGACAAACAGAAUCUAAAUGACCAGUUAAAACAGGUUCAGCAGAACAGUUUGCACCGUGAUAGUCUGUCAUCACUGCAGAAGGCCAUCGAGCAAAAGGAGAGCAGCAGGCAGCAGCUCAGGGAGCAGCUGGAUACAGUGGAAAGAGAGACCAGAGCCAAGCUGUUGGAAAUAGACGCCUUCAACACACAACUGAAGGAGCUGCGGGAGAUUCACAGCCGGCAGCAGAGACAGAAGCAGAAGGAUCUGGAAGGAGGCGCUCAGCCGCUGUCCUCCCAGAGGAAGUCAGCCGAGCUGGAGGAGAGCCGGUUAUCCUCAAGGGAAGGCGUGACCUGGCGGGGUGACGCUGGAAGCUCCGCCCCUAAAGCUCCCAGCCCAGCCUCUGUGUCUGCAUCCCACGCCUGGCUCAACAGGGUGACUCAGGAGGAGGAGGAGAGAAAAAGGAGAGGGAUGGAGGAGGACGAGGAGGGCAGGAAGGGAGCCGCGCUGGAAGAGAAAGAGGCUGAGAGUCAAGGCAAGAAGGAUGUCCAGGAAAAACUCAACACGCUGUUUAUCCAGCCAGCCGACCCCUGGGUUUCCACAGCUGAAAAGGCUCCCGCUGCCAAUCUGUUUGACCAGAAAGCUUCAGUCAGCGGCUUUGAACAGCAGAAGCAGCAGCAGCCUGUGAAGGUGGUCUACUACAGGGCUCUGUAUCCGUUCGAUGCCCGUAGUCACGAUGAGAUCAGCAUCCAGCCUGGUGAUGUCAUCAUGGUGAAGGGGGAAUGGGUGGAUGAGUCCCAAACUGGGGAGCCUGGCUGGCUAGGAGGUGAGCUCCGAGGAAGGACCGGCUGGUUUCCAGCUAAUUACGCAGAGCGGAUACCUGAAAGCGAAGCACCAAUCAGCCUGCGUGCCCCGUCCUCGGCCACACCCCCAGCAACCCAGCAGCCAGUGGCCACGCCUCCUUCCGCCUCCGGACCAACCUCCACGUCUUCAGCCAACAGUAACUGGGCCGACUUCAGCACCACUUGGCCGUCCAGCAACGCCAGCCAGUCCGACAGCGAGGGAUGGGACGCCUGGCCCACGUCCUCAGCCAGUCAGAAUCCCUCUCUCAGCGUUCCAUCAGCACAGCUGCGGCAGCGCUCCGCCUUUACGCCUGCCACCAUGACGACAGGCUCCUCCCCUUCUCCCGUCCUUGGACAGGGGGAGAAGGUGGAAGGACUUCAGGCCCAGGCUUUGUACCCCUGGAGAGCAAAGAAGGACAACCACCUGAACUUCAAUAAGAACGAGGUCAUAACCGUGUUGGAGCAGCAGGACAUGUGGUGGCUGGGUGAACUUCAGAACGGACAGAGAGGCUGGUUCCCCAAAAGUUACGUCAAGCUCAUCUCAGCCAACAUGGCCAUUCCUGCCGUCGCUGCGGUUCGCAGCAAAAACACCAAUGAACCUGGAAUAUCAGAAAGUCCACCCAAUGGGAAACGACCUUCAUCCUCUCCAGCAAAACCCUCCGAUUCUGGAGAAGAGUAUGUAGCCAUGUACACCUAUGAGAGCAGCGAACAGGGGGACCUCAGCUUCCAGCAGGGAGAUAUCGUCGUGGUUACCAGGAAAGAAGGGGAUUGGUGGACUGGUAUGGUCGGAGGAAAGACCGGGGUUUUUCCCUCCAACUAUGUCAAACCGCGCGAUUCAGUCACUGAGGCACUGGGACCAGCAGGAAAGACCGGAAGUCUGGGGAAGAAACCAGAGAUCGCUCAGGUGAUCGCUGCUUACACUGCGACGGGCGCGGAGCAGCUGACGUUAGCGCCGGGGCAGCUCAUCCUCAUCAGGAAAAAGAACCCCGGGGGCUGGUGGGAGGGCGAGCUGCAGGCUCGGGGGAAGAAGCGGCAGAUUGGUUGGUUUCCAGCCAAUUACGUGAAGCUCCUGAGUCCCAGCACCAAUAAGACCACUCCCACAGAGCCCAACCCUCCUAAACUGGCCCCUGCAAGCACAGUUUUGUGUCAGGUGAUCGGCAUGUAUGACUACGUGGCCCAGAACGAUGACGAGCUGGCCUUCCUGAAGGGUCAGGUCAUCAACGUGCUCAACAAGGACGACUGUGAUUGGUGGAAAGGAGAGCUGAAUGGCAGGGAGGGCCUGUUUCCUAGCAACUACGUCAAACUGACAACUGACACCGACCCAAGCACGCAGUGGUGCGCCGACCUCCACCUGCUGGACAUGCUGAGUCCGAUGGAGAGAAAGAGGCAGGGCUACGUCCACGAGCUGAUCGUCACAGAGGAGAACUACGUCAACGAUCUGCAGCUCGUCACAGAGAUCUUCCACAAGCCUCUGCUGGACUGCGAGCUGCUGACGGAGAAGGAAGUGGCCAUGAUCUUCGUCAACUGGAAAGAGCUCAUCAUGUGCAACAUCAAACUCCUCAAGGCUCUCAGGGUGAGGAAGAAGAUGUCUGGAGAUCGGAUGCCUGUGAAGAUGAUCGGCGACAUCCUGACCAACCAGCUGCCCCACAUGCAGCCGUACAUCAGGUUCUGCUCGUGUCAGCUGAACGGGGCCACGCUGAUCCAGCAGAAAACAGAUGACAAUCCUGAGAUCAAAGACUUCCUCAAGAGGUUAGCCAUGGAUCCCAGGUGCAAAGGAAUGCCUCUGUCCAGUUUCCUCCUCAAACCGAUGCAGAGAGUCACACGCUACCCUCUCAUCAUCAAAAAUAUCCUAGAAAACACUCCAGAGUCUCACCCAGACCACAGCCAUCUGAAAGCUGCGCUGGAGAAAGCCGAGGAGCUCUGCUCACAGGUGAACGAAGGCGUCAGAGAGAAGGAGAACUCUGACCGGCUGGAGUGGAUCCAGGCUCAUGUUCAGUGUGAGGGGCUCUCAGAGCAACUGGUGUUUAACUCGGUCACCAACUGUCUGGGUCCCAGGAAGUUCCUCCACAGCGGCAAGCUGUUCAAAGCGAAGAGCAGCAAGGAGCUCUACGGCUUCCUGUUCAAUGACUUCCUCCUGCUCACUCAGGUCACCAAACCUCUGGGCUCCUCAGGUUCAGACAAAGUCUUCUCCUCCAAAACCCACCUGCUGUAUCGCAUGUACAAAACGCCGAUCUUUCUGAACGAAGUGUUAGUAAAGCUGCCAACGGAUCCUUCAGGAGACGAGCCUUUGUUCCACAUCUCUCACAUAGACAGAGUUUACACCCUCAGGGCCGAAAGCAUCAAUGAAAGGACGGCCUGGGUUCAGAAGAUUAAGGCUGCUUCCGAGCUCUUCAUAGAAACGGAGAAGAAGAAGAGGGAGAAGGCAUAUUUAGUCCGUUCUCAGAGGGCCACGGGGAUCGGCAGACUCAUGGUCAACAUCGUGGAGGGGAUCGAGCUCAAACCCUGCCGCACCCAUGGGAAAAGCAACCCUUACUGUGAAGUCACCAUGGGUUCUCAGUGCCAUAUCACAAAAACAGUCCAGGACACCUUGAAUCCCAAGUGGAAUUCCAACUGUCAGUUUUUCAUUAAGGACCUUGAACAGGACGUCCUCUGCAUCACUGUGUUUGAACGAGACCAGUUCUCACCUGACGACUUCCUAGGCAGGACUGAGAUCCGAUUGGCUGAAAUUAAAAAGGACCAGGGAUCCAAGGGACCAAUCACCAAGAGGCUGCUGCUACACGAAGUUCCCACAGGAGAGAUCGUGGUUAGACUGGACCUCCAGCUGUUUGAAGAACCAUGAAACGCACCAAGGGUUGGACCAGAAGGGACUGGACUAAGCGCUGACCUGGGGGAAAUGAACUGGGAACUGCAGCCGGACUGGAAUGGACUGGACCAGAACCCAGGAACAGGCUGAGGUUACUCAUUAUGCAGUUAAAGCUUAGGGAGGCUAAUGUGCUAACAUAACUAAAUAUCACCAUUAUCACCUUUUUUUAUUAUUUGGAAGACGGUAGCAAUAAAUGGGAGUAUAUGAGGUUUAACGAGGUAGAUUUAAAAAAGAUAAAGAUUUUCUUUAACGGUUAGGGUCCUUAAGUUCCAUUACAUUCACUGCAAAUAUUUAGGAUGAAUAUAAAGUAUAGAUUUAAUAAAAAGCAGCCAGAGAGGAUUAGAUGUUCUCUAUUUACUGCUAACAAACGCAGACCUGAGCUCCACUCACAUCUAAUCAGUCCUUUCCCUGCUUCAAGAUUUUAAAGAAA